AUUUACUUGAAAGACAACUGAAUUGAUGAGGCAGCCUUUGCAGGAGGAGGAUUAUAUACCCAGGAUCUUCCUUUCACCACAUCAAGGCUCACAGCUCCCAACCACAUCGGCUUCUUCAGGAACACAGGAAUUCCCGACCAUCCAGUCACCAUGAGUUCACUCAGUGUGGCCAACACCAAGUUCACCCUUGACCUGUUCCGGCAGCUGAGGAAGGACGGGGACAACGUCUUCUACUCCCCGGUCAGCAUCCUGUCAGCACUGGCCAUGCUCGACCUAGGGGCCAGGGGGAACACUGCCCUGCAGAUGGAGAAGGUCCUUCAUUUCAAUGAAAUCACAGAAAAAGCAACAAAGAAACCCACAGCCCCUCAUGCGGGAGAGUCAGGAAAUGUGCACCACGAGAUUGAAAAGUUUCUGACUGAAUUAAACAAACCCAGUGAUGCCUACAUCCUGAAGAUCGCCAACAGAGUCUAUGGAGAAAAGGAGUUUCAGUUUCUUCAGGAAUAUUUGGAUGGGAUUAAGAAAUUUUACCUAGCCACUGUGGAAUCCCUUGAUUUCAAAAAUGCUCCAGAAGAAAGUCGAAAGAAGAUUAAUUCCUGGGUGGAAAGCCAAACAAAUGAAAAAAUCAAGGACCUAUUUCCUAGUGGCAGUAUUAACCAAACCACCAGACUGGUUCUGGUGAAUGCAGUCUACUUCAAAGGGCGGUGGGAUAAGGAAUUUAAAAAGGAAUUGACCACAGAAGCAAAGUUCUGGCAGAAUAAGAAUGUGAGCAAAUCUGUGCAGAUGAUGGCCAAAAGCGGGCAUUUUAAUUUUGCCUUCCUGGAGGAUGUGCAGGCCAAGAUCCUGGAAAUACCAUACAAAGGCAAUGACCUGAGCAUGGUCCUGCUGCUGCCCAAUGAAGCAGAUGGCCUGCAGGAGCUUGAAGACAAACUCACUGCUGAGAAGUUAAUGGAGUGGACCAGCCCAGGGAGCAUGGAGAUGACUAAAGUCAAUGUGUGCCUCCCUCGAUUCAAAGUGGAAGAGACCUACGACCUCGUGACCAUAUUGAGAGCCAUGGGGAUGGAGGACGUCUUCUGUCCAAAAAAGGCUGACCUCUCGGGCAUGACAGGGACACAGGGCCUUUCGGUGUCCAAAGUUGUGCACAAGUCCUUUGUGGAAGUGAAUGAAGAGGGCACGGAGGCUGCGGCCGCCACGGGCGUAGUAGUUGAAGUAACGUCCGCCCCAAUGCCCCCUGUUAGUUUUUAUUGUGACCACCCCUUCCUGUUCUUCAUCAAGCAAAAGAAGACCGACAGCAUCCUCUUCUUUGGCAGAGUCUCUUCCCCUUAAGUAGGAUGCCUCUGUCUCUCUUAUGAGGACCAGUCACAGAGCAAAAGGUAAACUGAGGCUGGAAAUAACACGUCCUUUGUAUAUUCAUUUUCUUUUCAGCCUCAGAGUCCCCACUAAGAAUGCGAUGGUUGUAGGAGCCUCUCUUUUCUCUCUUUCUGCACACACAUAUGAACCAGUUUUCUUCUUCUUUUUUUUUUUUCUUAUAAAAAUUUCCUUGGAGAACAAAACGUUCAAUGUGAAGAUUAAAACAAUCCAUACCUCAUCUUCUAAAUUGGACACGAUUGCUUCUGUCCUGUUUUGGAUGAACCAAAGCAAAUCACAUUCUCUUCAAACUCAUCAACCUAGACACCCACUUUUCCUUCAAUUGAGGUGAUAUCUGGGACCCUUCUUAUAUUUCUAAAUUCUGUGAUUCUAUUAAAUCAAUUAGCAAUAAAGGAAUGACCUGCUCAAA